UCAUAGUGCUGUCAUAUUUAUUAAUUAAUCAAUGAGAAUUUGUAAAUAAAUAAAUGUUGUUGAUUUUCGCCAUAGGUAUUUGGUUUCUAAUCCUGUACGCGGCUGAUAAACUUAUUUGAAAUAAUGGCAGCGGAAGCGGAUGAGGACGAUGAGCUGACCUUCAACGUGGAGGAAGUCCAGAAGGUGGUCAGAGACAACAUAGAGCUGGUGCUCGGCGGCAACGCGUACAGCCACUCGCGCUCGCCGCAGUGGAUCGCGCUCAUCACGGACAAGACCCUCGCCAGGAUCAACAAGAUGCAGAAACCUUUCAAGUACAUUGUGCGUAUAACAAUAACUCAGAAGAAUGGCGCGGGGCUGCACACGGCAGCGGCGUACUACUGGGACACGGCCACGGACGGAUCCUGCACGGUGCGCUGGGAGAACAAGUUCAUGUACUGCAUCGUCAACGUGUGGGCCAUGGCUUUGCAAAUAUGACGAGGUAUUAUCCUGCAUGGAGGUUGCAAUGUCUACUUCCGGUUUGUGAGAUUUUGUUUUUGUUAGGUUGCCUCGCUUGUUUUGCUUGUGUACAAAAAGUGUUUCUUACUUUAGUGUGACCAGUAUUUUUUAUUAGCAAGGAUUAUGGAUAGAUUAAAAACAACAUCUAAAGCAUAUUUUAGUAUUUUUAUUAUUUUUGGUAAAAUUUACCACAAUACAAAAUAAUGAUAGAAAUAAAUAAAGUAAUAAAAUGUAUAGACAGGUCAUAGAACUAUGCAUUGUAAAAAUUGGUGCUUUAAAAGCAAUCAAUAUAAUUUAUAAUAACAUUAGGCAAAAUGGCAUUGUGUACAUUAGAAAUAAAAGCAUUACUUUUAACACAGAAAAUAAUAUCAAGAGCAGAGGUUUACACUAAAAUAUAUUUGAUUAUCACUUGGUGAUGUUUUGGUCUUUUACAAGAAUAGACUAAUAAAAUGCACGGAUAUACCGGAGCACGCAUUUUGUUCACAAACCUAAUAAAACCACCCUCCCUCUUCAUAACACACAUUCACGGAAUAAAAGAGACUUCAUAAUGCCAUGUCAUAGGGAUGAAAAAAUCUAAGAAAUAGUUGAAAAUGGAAAUAGGAAAAUAAUUUCAAGUUAAUCUUAUUUCAUUUAAAAAAUACAAAUUAAAAAUAUGUAUAAACUGUUAUUUUUUAAAAGCAGAAGUUAAGGUUAAUAUAUGUGAUCUUCUUACAUCCUGUUGGUUCACUCUGCUAAUAAAAAAAUCUGUAUAAUUACUAAAAUUGUAACGUAAUAGGUAAUUAAAAUAAUCUGUAUGUACUUUUAUUAUUAUCAUAAUGUCGAUGCAAGUUAUAACUUGAAUGUAUUGAAACGUACACAAAAUAACAACCUCUGUUUACAAACUGAUGGCUAACGUUGAUAAAUUUUGUAUAUGGCCAUAUUAUUAUCUUACAUAAAUGGUACCAGGUUUCUAUUACAAAAAUCCAUAUAAUAUUUAUGUAUGAAUAAUGAUUGUAAAAUUAUUGUAGACAGAUAAUACUUGAUUGCAUUGUUAUAUAAAAUUUAUCUAAUAUACUGCCAUAAUGAUAUCUUGUAAUGUAAAAUGUUAAUUAAAAUUCUAGCUGUCAGACAUUUUCACAUACAAAUUUCGAAAACACUAAAUAAUCGGGUCUAUUCGUUUUCAUCUAGAUAUAUCUAUAUUGGGUCACAUUGAAUUAUUAUUUCUUUACCACGUCUGUUGCGCAGUUAUGCACUAUCUCUAACGAAUUAAUUUAACUAUGGCAUCCGAUCUGUAACUAAUUUAAUUAUCUUUAAUUGUGAAUAAAAACACAACUAACUGA